AUGACGGCGAAAGACGAAAAGUCUACCACGGACAUGGACAUGGACAAUUCCACUCUCAAAAGCAGCUCACCUAGCAUCGACGAGAAGCCAAGGCUCGAGUCUGAAGGGUCUGUUAGGCAAGGCUCCAGCUCUCCCACCCCUACACCUUCUGUUUCUGAGAAGAAUGAGCACCAUGAGGAAUACGACUUGAGAAAAUCCGUAUCUGCGAAGGAUGCCCAGGUCGAAUUGACAAAGAUUAUGACCAGUGGGGAAGGGAUAGAGUAUCCUACAGGGAUGAAACUGGGCCUGAUAUCCAUGGCAUUGUGCCUUUCGGUGUUUUUAAUGGCAUUGGAUAAUUCGAUUAUUGCUACCGCUAUUCCCAAGAUUACAGAUCAGUUCCAUUCGUUAUCUGAUGUCGGGUGGUAUGGAAGCGCUUACUUACUCACCACUGCAUCAUUCCAAUUACUCUUCGGAAAAUUUUAUACUUUCUUUUCAAUAAAAUGGGUCUACCUCAUUGCCAUUGGAAUAUUUGAGUUAGGGAGUUUGCUGUGUGGAGUGGCCCCAAAUUCGACGGCUCUUAUAGUUGGUAGGGCUGUAGCUGGUGUUGGUUCUGCCGGCAUUUUCAGUGGUGCUUUGAUUAUUGUAGCAUAUUCAGUUCCACUAGCCAAAAGGCCCAUGUAUACAGGGUUCAUCGGAGCAAUGUACGGAAUAGCCUCAGUCGCAGGUCCCCUUCUGGGAGGCGUUUUCACUGACAAGGCUACGUGGAGAUGGUGUUUCUUUAUCAAUCUGCCAAUUGGGGCCAUUACUGUCAUUGUCAUUCUCUUCUUCUUCAAAAACCCUGAACGAGCCGCCAUAUCAGAUCUCGGUUGGAAAGCCCGCGUCCAGGAAUUCGAUAUCUAUGGCACUAUAGUUUUUAUGCCGGCAAUCAUUUGUUUGCUGCUUGCUCUUCAGUGGGGCGGAACAAAAUACCCGUGGUCAAAUGGGAGGAUCAUCGGUCUGUUCGUCGCAUUUGGUGUGCUGAUAAUUAUCUUCAUUAGCAUCCAAUUCUGGAAAGGAGACUCGGGUACUAUCCCGCCUCGUAUGAUGAAGAAGCGAUCCAUGUGGGCUGCAUCUUGGUUCUCUUUCACUAUGGGAUCAUUUUUCUUGCUGCUGAUUUAUUAUCUCCCCAUUUGGUUCCAAGCUGUCAAGGGCGCCAGUGCUGUGAAAUCCGGAAUUAUGAAUCUACCUAUGCUCCUGUCACUCGUUCUCACUAGCGUCCUUGGGGGAAUUGGGGUUACUCUUAUGGGAUACUAUGCACCUUUAAUGAUCGUCUCCUCGAUCCUUUCUGCUAUUGGAACAGGACUGCUAUAUACUCUCACUCCAGAAUCUGACCAUAGUUACUGGAUUGGAUAUCAAGCAAUUGUUGGAGUAGGAAUCGGUCUGGGUAUGCAGCAGCCGAUGAUUGCUGUACAAACCUUUUUGGAUAUCUCCCAGGUGCCUGUAGGCACGUCAGUGAUCAUAUUUUUGCAGACCCUAGGUGGGGCUUUAUUUGUCUCAAUAGGCCAAAACGUAUUUGCCAACAAACUUGUGGAAGGACUAGCGAAAUACGCCCCUACGGUUGAUUCAGCGCUCGUCCUCAAUACCGGCGCCACAUCCAUCCAGAAAUCGAUAGAUCCGUCCGUGCUCCCGGGAGUUACGAUGGCCUACAAUUCUGGCUUGACAGAAGCUUACCUCGUGGCUACUAUUAUGGCUACUUUUACUAUCAUCGGAAGCUUGGCCAUCGAAUGGAAGAGUGUAAAAGGGAAGAAAAUUGAAAUGGGUGCGGCAUGA